ACUCAUUCACCAUCCCCUCCACCCCCAUCACAUUUCAGAUGCAUGACAAGCUGUCCACGUUACAGUUUACAACAUGCCACCUCCUGUCGGCAGAUACGGGCCUACUGGCCUAAGCGCCCCCUACACCCACUUACAACAAGCCCACCUCCAACAACAGCAACCUCAACACCAUCCGGCUCAUGCCCAGUCGGCUAACACAGCUCUUCCGCCUCCCUCCCUUGGCGGUCAUCCUGGUUUCGCCGCCGGCAACCCGAAUACCAAUAUCAAUCCUUUUACGCUCUCCGGAACCGGACUUACAAACGGCAUGUCUGUCGCUGGGUUCGGGGCUGCCGCUGAUGGCGGCGGUACCGGCCUUGCCAGCCACGCGGCUCAGAUGGGCUUCGCAAGAGGGGCCCAAAUGCAGCAACAGCAGCUCCAUCAAGCUCAUGAUGGUCGCUUAGCACUCGAGGCCAAAGCGGGUGCGGUGAAGACAAGGAUACGGGAUGUUUGGAAGCACAACUUGGCUCAGGAAAUGGCCGUGCUACGGCAGUUGGUGGAGAAGUAUCCGUAUAUCAGCAUGGAUACCGAGUUCCCCGGUAUCGUUGCACGCCCCAUCGGAGCGUUUACGAACAAGGCAGACUACCAUUAUCAGACUCUCCGGUGCAACGUUGACCUCUUAAAGAUGAUUCAGCUGGGAAUAACCCUGUUCUCCGCCGAAGGAGAAGUACCCCCACCCAAUGCAACGGAUGCGAAUGGACAACCUCUCGGAAACGGUCUGGUGCCUGCACCCUGCACUUGGCAAUUUAACUUCCGGUUCUCGUUGGAGGACGACAUGUACGCUCAAGAGUCGACAGCAAUGCUUGCUAAAGCCGGAAUUGAUUUCACCAUGCACGAGAAGAACGGCAUUGAUCCAUUCGAGUUCGGUGCGCUUUUGAUCAGCUCGGGGCUUGUCUUGCUGGAUGACGUUCACUGGGUUUCUUUCCACUCCGGCUACGAUUUCGGCUACUUGAUGAAGAUCAUGCUCUGCAAGACUCUCCCGGAGAACGAAGAAGAAUUCCACAAACUCCUCAAUAUUUUCUUCCCAUCGCUAUAUGACAUCAAAUAUUUGAUGAAGCAUGCCGGGCGCAACCAAGCCGUCAAUGAUAUUCCUCUCACACCGGCCGCCGCCCAGAUCCUCGCCAACCUUGGUCAAAAGUCUGGACUCCAAGACAUUGCCGACGAGCUCGGCGUCAAACGGGUAGGCAUCGCUCACCAGGCGGGGUCUGACUCGCUUGUCACUGGUGAAAUCUACUGGAAGAUGCGACAAUUGGUCUUCGGCGGCUCGAUCGACGAGUCUAAAUAUUCUGGACAAAUCUGGGGACUGAAUGGUCAAAUGCCCGCUUUGUUGUACCAAAUGUCCCAUCAGACGCCCAAUCUCAACGGGGCCACCAUCUACUCUACGACUGGCACCCCGAGCACCCCCAAUGCCGGCACACCUCAGCACCAGGGGGCCGGCACACUGACACCCGGGGCUGUAGGCGGAGUGUUGGGACAAUUUCAAGUUGGGAAAGCUUGAAGCUAGUUUAGCCAGUAUCUCAUUUGUUCCUUGGUUUUAGAUUGGGUGGGGGGAGUCAUGAUAUGCUUUGCAUUGUUGUUUCUCUUUCUUUCCCUUUGUUUAGUCCCUUUCUAUAGACUCUCGCGUGCUUGUGUACUCUACUGGAAAUUUUUGACGAGCUUCUCAUCCUCGGGUUGUUCUCCAAGUACGCUAUUUGUCUUAUUUUCCCUUUACCACGUUCACAGCGACUGCUUUUAUGUCUUUCUCAUGGCAGGGGGUUGCGGGAUGGAUACGAUAUGACGGAUGUACAUAGCAUGCGGCACCACGGCGGUGCCUCCUUAUUUUUCUUUUUCUCUUUUUUUUUUUUUUG